AUGGGAGACAGUUCAUCUAUUCUUAUUAUCAAGAGUGGUGCUCGGAGCUCAGAAUCAAGACUAAGUACUCUUCACCAGGACAUCCCCAAAGCCAACAGGAAAGUAGAAGCGACCAACAAAACAUUACUUAACAUUCUGAAGAUGAAACUAGGAGGCCAAAAAAGGGAAUGGGCUGAAGAACUUCUGAGUACAUUGUGGGCAUACCGAACGUCCGUAAGAACCCCAACAGGGGAAACUCCUUUCUCCCUCGUCUAUGGAACAGAAGCCAUGAUCCUGGUUGAAGUGGCAAUACCUACAAAUCGUAACGACGAACGAUUGAGAGAGAACUUGGACUUUUUGGAAGAAAGGAGGGAGGAAGCUGUAAGCCGAGCGGCAGCCAACAAGUGGAGAGUUGAGAAGUAUUUUAACAAACGAGUUCAGCCCCGUAAUUUCAAAGUGGGGGACAUGGUUUUGAAACAAACAGGGGUUACUACUCAGGAUGAAGGCAAUCAGAAGACCUGGUUCGUACCGACUUAA